AUGGAGGGGGAGGAUAGUUUUGUGGCUCUGGUUCACUGCUCUGGAAAAAUUCAAAAGAGCAAAAGGCAUGGUGUAAAAUUCACAGAUAGAGAACCGCUUAGUGUUUUUAUCCAAUCGUCGAAUACGUUGGCGGAGAUUAAGCAAAGCAUAUUACGGAAGCUCGGUACGUGUGGGACGAAAUGGGUAAAAAAAUUAUUUUACAAGAUUCCCAUUGAUGUUGUCUCAACUGGUGUAAGAUAUGAGACCUUCGUGAUCGGGUCGGAUGAAGACUUGCAGGUCUUGUUUCACUGCAGGCGUAGUUUUCCGGAGGUGAGGGUAACUGAGCUGUUUGCGAAGUUGGAAGAUGGUGUGGAUAGCUCUGGGGCAUCGGCACCUAAUCCUCAGUCGACCCCAGCUGGUGGUGCAUCAACAUCGAUGCCUGUGGUAGCAGUGGCAGUUCUGAAUGCGGAGCCCGAACGUGCUGGGGCUGUUCAUGCAUAUGUGUGUCCUGUUGUUCCUGAUUUUGAAUGCGAUGCCGGACCAGAUCGAGUUGAGAAUGCACUGUUUGACGAUGAUUCGGAUGAGGAGCCUGUCGAUAUUGGUGGGGACAGUGAUGAUGAUAUUCCAAGAGGUGGACGUUCAGCCCAUGGAGGUUCCGGUUCUGCAACACAGGAGUACCCUCCCCACCUCUCUUCUUUGAACUUGGAAGCCAUUAGCCAACAGCAGAAUGCUGAUGCAACAUUCGAUGGGCAGGGGAUGCAUGAUGGGACAUCUAUGACUAAAUUUCAGAUUGGCCAAUCCUUCCAGAGUAAAGAGGAAGCCGUGUUGAGUGUAAAAGAUUACAGUAUUCGGCGUGGAGUUGAGUACAAGGUUAUGGAGUCCGACAAUCUGAAAUACCAAGGGAGAUGCAAGGAGUUUGGUAACGGGUGCACGUGGUUGAUUCGGAUAGUCAUGCGAAAAAGGAAGAGCACAUGGGAAGUUAGGAGGUACAACGGUCCGCACACGUGUAUGGCCACAUCGAUAUCAAGCGACCACAAGCAGCUUGAUUAUCAUGUCAUCUGUGCGAGAAUCUAUCCAUUGGUUCGAGAUGAUGCGUCGGUGUCUAUUAAGGUGUUGCAAGAGGCAAUGGAGGCGAUUUAUGGAUUCAGGCCUAGUUAUCGGAAGGUGUGGUUGGCGAAGCAGAAGGCAGUAGCGCAAAUAUAUGGCGAUUGGGAGGAGUCAUAUGCUGAUCUGCCUUGGUGGAUCCUUGGGGUCACAUGCACGAUGGAAGGUUCCAUUGCUCUACUGAAGACGUCCCCGGUUAGGGUGGGUGACCAAGUUGACGAAGAUAGAGUCUUCUUUCAUCGGAUGUUUUGGACAUUCCCUCCGUGUAUUGAGGCUUUCCGCCACUGUAAGCCGCUGGUAAGCAUCGAUGGCACACACCUGUAUGGCAAGUAUGGCGGGACAUUGUUGUUGGCGAUCGCACAGGAUGGUAACUCGAAUAUUUUGCCUGUUGCACACAACGGCAUCAAGGCUGCACUAGAGUCCCCCGAUAGUGGUUGGCAACCUCCCCAUGCUUAUUGGGCAUUUUGUAUUCGGCAUGUUGCUGCAAAUUUUGCCCUCACUUUCAAGGGACAGGAUGCGAGGAGGUGGCUGGUAAAUGCCGCGUAUGCGAAGACGGAAGCAGAAUUCGACUAUUGGUUUGAUAUAAUGAGGACGGAGAACCCGGCCAUGUGCGAUUGGGCAAACAGAAUGGAGUAUGAGAGGUGGACACAUCACAAGGAUGGGGGGAGAAGAUAUGGUCACAUGACGACCAGCAUUUCUGAGUGUGUGAACUCUGUCUUGAAGGGCACAAGAAACCUACCGGUGACGUCUCUGACGGCAAAGGCACAGUUAGGGUCCGGGCACCGGUUUUCACAGGUAGUAGUUAAGGCCAUUGAGCGUAAUCUGAAGGAUUCGAGGUGCUUCACGGUGACUGUGUUUGAUAGACAUCACCUUGACUAUACAGUGGCUGAGACGAUGCCCACCGGCAAAUUCUCUUUGGGUAGCUAUCGGGUUUCUCUAAGGGAUCGCACCUGCGAUUGUGGAUACUUCCAGGCACUGCACUACCCCUGUUGCCAUGCCCUCGCAUGCUGUGCGCAGUCACGGCUAGAUUGGGCCACUUAUGUCGAUGAGGUGUACACCAUGUCUGAGGUCUUUAAGGUGUAUGAGAUGUCCUUUUCACCUUGUAUUCCAGAGGGGCUUUGGCCACCAUAUGACGGGCCGACAGUGGUCCCCGACCCGGGCACGAGAAGGGCAAGAGAAGGACGACCACGGUCCACCCGCAUCCGCAACAACAUGGACGAAGCCGACACCAGCAGACCUAAGAGGUGUGGCCUGUGCAGGCAGCCCGGUCAUACCCGAAGGGUUUGCCCUCAGCGAGGUUCUACUAGCGGGAUAUAG